GCUGUUCUCUACGCAUCGUUAAUAAUUGUUGUUAUGAAUAACCUACGGAUAUUCACACAGCUAGGUACGCGUUCCACUGCCUGAGAACACCUCUUAUCGCGCGUGCCAUAGAGUUAACUUCUGACAUGACAUAUUUGAUAAUAGCUCUUACGUGAACGCUCAGAUGUCUGAAGAAUCAGCCCCUCUUCGUUUUGGAUGAGGCCCAUUUAGGUCGAAUCCUUGAAAUUGUCUAAAGUUUUGCAGUUUGCCCUUGAUCAUGCAACAUUUGUAAUGUUUCACGUAGGAUCCAAUACCAUAGUCAUAAGUUGAGGCGUUGUUUCAGUGAUUGACAUUAGCAGUUGGCUCUACUUAUUGUUUGUCUGUGCUACGAUUACGGAGUGAAAACUUACAAUAGUGCUUAGAAUUCCUAUGCUAUAAUGUCAACGACAAGACAACACCCGUUUUUAAACAUCUUUUGCCUGAAGGUUGUCAUAAUCUUGAUGGCUCAUCAGAUUUUUCAAAAUUUUGCCUUUGGAGACAUCUUUGUGAUGAAUGCAUCCAUGAUUGAAUCAGAUUGCGUGUCUUCUUGUGGCACAUCGCAGGUGGAUUACGAUUUCAAUUUUGAUUGCCAACGUGGUUGUCGUUUCUUUGAAACGUACAGGACAGCGUCCAUUUUAGUGCAGUUUGACGACAUGGCUGCACUGAAAACUUGCCAUCAAUCUUGUUUAGAGGCAUAUGGCAAUGAACCGAGGAAGAUAAUGGCAUGCUCUAAUGGUUGCACUAGUGCUCAACACGCGUACCGUAAAGUCUAUUCGUUGUCUUUACAAUGGUUGCAAGAACUGCAUAAAAACGUGACUUUUUUCGAAACUUUGAUGGAUGUGACAGAUGCUGUCGUCAACUCAAGACGUUUCGUGGAUGUUCCCAUUCGUUUUCAAAGCACGAACCAGAAUACAAAAAGUUUACCUGUAAAAGAAGAAUUUUUCCCCGUUCGAACUCAACGUACUUUAGAAAAGCAAGCCGAUUUGCCAGAAGAAAAUUACGACGUGAAGAAACCAUCAUCCAUGGUGCCAGAUUGGAUCGCUCAAAGCGCUUUUGUUUUUUUCACACUCGGAAUUGUUUUGUUGCUGGGAGUUUGCUGUUAUUGUUGCAUUUUUGCACAUUUCUUUAGACACAUGCGGGAAAAGAAUAUUAUGGAUACCGAAUUGCCACCUAGCUACGAGGAGCUUAUCAGAAAUAGUUAUGUCAUAAUGUCACCAUCCAGGAUAAAUCAUUAUCACCCCACAAGAGUCAACAAACGAGAAGAAUUGUGCAGCAUCGACAUUGACGAAACUGCAGAAGACACUGAAGCAGAAGCAACAUUCAUUUCAAAUGGCUAUUGUGAAAACCUUCAAGGUUAAUGUGGAACGACAACCAUGAGGCAUGAAUAUAAAUUUUUUACCACUCCCGGUAUCUGGACAGCUGUAAAUAUUGUACAUUCAUGUAUUUAUAACGACGAAAUACGCGUAAAACAAUAAACAAAAAGAAAAAAGCGAGGGA